AUGAGCUCUUCUGAUGCAGUAGAGGACGUCGUCCAAGGCCAGAAAGCUGCCGCCUCUUCAACAGCUACCUCGAUCAAGGCUUUUAUUUCUGGCGGUUUUGGUGGCGCGUGCGCAGUGCUCUCCGGACAUCCUUUCGAUCUUAUCAAGACUCGAUUACAGACAGCUCAGCCCGGCGCGUAUACGGGUGCAGUGGAUGCAGUGAAAAAGACAUUGCUGAGAGAUGGUGUCACUGGCUUCUAUCGUGGCAUCGUUCCUCCGUUAUUAGGCGUGACACCGAUUUUCGCUGUUUCGUUCUGGGGGUACGACCUUGGCCAAAAAUGCGUGCUUGCCUUCACGCCGAACAGAUCGAGUCCUAGUUUUAGUACGACUGAAUACGCCAUCGCAGGAUUCAUCUCUGCCAUUCCGCAAACCUUCGUCGCAGCUCCCGUCGAACGCGCCAAGGUUCUCCUACAGAUCCAGGGUCAGGGAACUGGCGAGGCCAAAUACAAGGGCGUCCUUGACGUCGUGCGAGGGCUUUACAAGGAGGGAGGUAUUCGAAGCAUAUUUCGUGGCACGGGUGCAACACUUGCGCGUGACGGGCCAGGAAGUGCUGCCUAUUUCGCCGGAUAUGAGGUGACGAAAAGGGCAGUGACGCCAGCUGGUUCGUCACCUUCUGACUUGAACCUCGGCGCAGUGAUAUUCGCAGGCGGGAUGGCCGGCGUUUGCAUGUGGAGUAUUGCUAUUCCACCAGAUGUCUUGAAAUCUCGAAUUCAGACAGCACCUACGGGCACCUACUCUGGUAUUUUGGAUUGUGCAAGAAAAACUAUAGCUGCGGAUGGCGUGACUGCAUUAUGGAAGGGCUUGGGACCCGCCAUGGCAAGGGCGUUUCCGGCAAAUGCAGCGGCCUUUCUAGGAGUUGAGGCUUCAAGGAAAGCACUGGACAAAAUUCUCUAG